AUGGCAACCGCAAGACGAAAAUUCCCGUCGAUCACAGAAUGCAACGGAACGGCGUCACCGCGCGAGUCCGUCGCUGCCGACCUUGACGGAACGCUCCUCAUCUCGCGCAGCUCCUUUCCGUACUUCAUGCUCGUCGCCGUGGAAGCCGGCAGCCUCCUCCGCGGCUUCAUCCUCCUCCUCGCGGUUCCGAUCAUAAUCUUCUCUUACCUCUUCAUAUCAGAAUCCCUCGGCAUCCAGAUCCUCAUCUUCAUCUCCUUCACUGGCCUUAAGAUCCGCGACAUCGAACUCGUCUCACGCGCCGUCCUCCCUAGGUUUUACGCUGCGGACGUGAGGAAGGAGAGCUUCGAGAUGUUCGACCGGUGCAAGAGGAAGGUCGUGGUGACGGCGAAUCCGACUGUGAUGGUAGAGCCUUUCGUUAAGGACUUUCUCGGCGGAGACAAGGUGCUAGGAACGGAGAUCGAGGUGAAUCCGAAAACGAAGAAGGCCACCGGAUUCGUAAAGAACCCUGGCGUGCUCGUCGGAAAGUGGAAGCGUCUUGCGGUUUUGAAAGAGUUCGGCGAGGAGUCGCCGGAUGUUGGACUCGGAGAUCGUAAGACGGACCACGAUUUCAUGUCCAUUUGCAAGGAGGGUUACAUGGUGCCUCCAAGCAAAUCAGCAAAACCAGUCCCACAGGAGCGUCUGAAGAGCAGGCUCAUCUUCCAUGAUGGUCGUUUCGUGCAGAAGCCAGACCCAUUUAAUGCUCUCCACACUUUCCUGUGGCUCCCCUUUGGUUUCAUCCUCUCCAUCAUAAGGGUUUACUUCAACCUACCCCUCCCAGAACGCAUAGUGCGCUAUACCUAUGAAAUGUUGGGCAUCAAGCUUGUGAUCCGCGGCCACCGCCCUCCGCCUCCGUCUCCGGGCACCCCAGGCAACCUUUACGUUUGCAACCACCGCACCGCCCUCGACCCCAUUGUCAUCGCCAUCGCCCUAGGCCGCAAGGUCUCCUGCGUCACUUAUAGCGUCAGCAAGCUCUCCCGCUUCCUCUCACCGAUCCCCACCGUCGCCCUCACUCGUGACCGUGCCGCCGACGCUGCCCGCAUCACCGAGAUCCUCCAGAAGGGUGAUCUUGUCGUGUGUCCGGAGGGCACCACGUGCCGCGAGCCCUUUUUGCUUCGCUUCAGCGCACUCUUUGCAGAACUCAGCGACAGAAUCGUGCCAGUGGCUGUUGACUGCAAGCAGAACAUGUUCUUUGGGACUACUGUUCGUGGGGUCAAAUUCUGGGAUCCAUAUUUCUUCUUCAUGAACCCAAGGCCAGUCUACGAGGUUACCUUCCUUGACCCCUUACCCGAGGAGAUGUCCUGCAAGGCAGGGGGGAAGACUUCGAUUGAGGUGGCGAAUCACGUGCAGAAGGUGCUGGGGGAUGUCUUGGGGUUCGAGUGCACCGGGUUGACUAGAAAGGAUAAGUAUAUGUUGUUGGGUGGGAACGAUGGGAAGGUGGAGUCUCUUUAUGGUUCAAAGAAAUGA